CAGUUCAAUGAAGACAUGAUCCCGACGGUGGGCUUUAACAUGAGGAAGAUCACCAAGGGGAACGUUACCAUAAAGCUCUGGGACAUCGGUGGCCAGCCGCGGUUUCGCAGCAUGUGGGAGCGGUACUGCCGCGGAGUCAGUGCCAUUGUGUACAUGGUGGACGCCGCCGACCAGGAGAAGAUAGAGGCCUCCAAGAAUGAACUGCACAACCUGCUCGACAAGCCGCAGCUCCAGGGCAUCCCGGUCCUAGUCCUGGGGAACAAGCGAGACCUGCCCGGUGCCUUGGAUGAGAAGGAGCUCAUUGAGAAGAUGAACCUCUCCGCCAUCCAGGACCGAGAGAUUUGUUGCUACUCCAUCUCCUGCAAAGAAAAGGACAACAUCGACAUCACCCUACAGUGGCUUAUCCAGCACUCGAAGUCCAGGAGAAGCUGAGAUCCCACUGUCUGCGGCUCAGAUCGGAAAGAUGCCAUUGUACAAGCCCAUGCCCUUUCUCUCUCCUGCUCUGUCCCUCCAGCUCUCUCUCUAGAUGGGUAUUUUUAGGGGACCCCAGACUCCGCUCGCAUUGAGGUGGAGCCCUUGUUUUUAUUGUAAAGAUAAUGUCUGACUCUGCCCUCCUCUCCUCUCCUCUCCUCUCCUCCCCUCUCUCUGUCUCUUCCUCCCAUUUUGGCACUGUUCUGUUGUUGUCUGUGUAUACAGUAUAUAUAUAUAUGUAUAUAUAUUUUAAUUUUUUAAUUUAAGCGAUAGCGCUGUUACUAAACUGGGCCCUGUGAGUGGUAGGAAGGCUGUGGGCUCCCCGAGGCCAGCCGAGGGU